AGUUAAGCUCGAGCAGAGCGGCAGCACCAAUCAUUCCAUUUCUGUACAAAUAUAAUCGUGUUAUAAAGUCAAAUAAAAAUAUAAAUACUAAUAAAGUGGAAAUAUAAGGUAAACUUUAAACGAUGUUAAUAUAUUUAGUACUUAGAAAGCUAUUAUUAUUAAACAGAAAUCUACAUUUAAUCAGUUAAAGUUCAAUAUGAAAUACUUAAUAAACGAAAAAUUCAAUUUUGUUCAAAAAUAUUUUUUACUUAAUUGGUUAUAAAAUUUCGGCAAUUUAAGGAAUACAUCCUAGUUAGUAUCUAGGUGUUAACUCUACCUAGUUUAAUUGAAUGUUGUUUGAUAUAUGACAAUUUAUUUUCUUCAACAGUGAAAAAAUAAAACAUGGCCGCUGUCCACUUUAUAAAAGUCGAAAUUUUCAUAUUAAACGCUAGAUAGUGCUUUUAUAAAGUUUAAUGCAGGCAUAUGAAACUGUUAAUAAAUUUUUUGCUUUAAAUAGAAUAAUAUUUCAGGUCUAUAAAGGCAUAAAUUACAAGAUAAUUCUUUGAAAAAACUUACCGGCGGCUUCCACACGGAAGCAGGGGGCGCUACAGAGAACAUUUUUGUCACAUUUAAUAUCGGUCUUUUUUUUUUUACCUUAAACAGUGCCUAUUCGAAUACACAUAUUGUAGCAGACCUUCCUGGUUAAUAAAAAAGUUUUAAAGGUGUUUUUUCAUAUGGGAUAGGAAGGCGUGAAAACGAAGAAUAUCUUGGAUAUUACUAAUAAUCAAAUAAAGUAUGUUAUCAUCAUUAUUAUAUGCAUUAUCUAAUAGCAGUUUAAUGUAAAAAUGCACGAUGUAAACUGGGUGUUUACCAGAGUUCUUUGGAUUGACCAUCCUCUUAAAUGCUCUUUAAUAUACUCUAACUAAGCUUGUAUCGUGUCAGAAAGUUUUAAAAUAUGGUAGGAAAUUUUUAUAGCAUCUACUUCAAUAACAAUAGAAUGUCAAUGAGUUCACUAUGUUGUCUAGUAUCGAUUUUUCAAAUACUUAAGCAGUAAUUUCUUUUUUGAUUGAAUACAAGUCAUAUCACAUAGUCAAGGUGUUUCCUUAUAAAGUUCUUUAAACAUAGAUACUCGAAUUGGAUGUAGGAAAAUAAGAUAUACCGAACAAAGUCAUCUAACAGGGGAGGACAACAAUACGAAGCCAAAUAUUUCAAGGCUUAAUCAUUGAUCAGGUUCUUCCAGACCUUUAAUCAUCAACUACAUACCGAUUUCGUGACAUGGGUAAUUGUUGUAACCCAACUCCCAGGUCUUUAGGGAAUGGACAUGUUCAAGCUAGUGCUCCUGUUAAAACAAGUGAUGUUACCUUACUACCUAUGGAUACUCGUCCGCAGAUUAGAGCACAGGCCGUUAUUAAAAGAGUUAGAGCAAUGUAUGAUUAUAAAGGGCGAACCCCAGACGACUUAAGCUUUGUUAAAGGCGAAAUUUUAGAUGUAUUAGAUAUGGACAGCGAUAAUGCUGAUUGGUGGAGGGCCAAAAGAAUUAACUCAAAUUCUAUUGGUUUCAUACCUUCGAAUUACGUUACCGAUGAUGAUGAAAAUAAGAUUGAAAGUCAAGAAUGGUAUUUCGGUAUAGAGAGAAGAGAUGCUGAACGUAAACUGUUAUGGGUUGGAAACGAAGUUGGAACGUUUCUGAUUAGAAAAUCUGCCGAUAAUAAAGCUUAUGCACUUACUGUGAAAGAUUUGAAUAAGGAGACAAAUGAACAUUGUAUAAAGCACUAUAAAAUAAGAAAAAUGGACGAAGGAGGUGUAUUUAUUGCUGCCAGAAGACCAUUCAAAAGUAUGAUGGACUUAGUUAGACAUUAUAUGGCAUCAGCCGAUGGUUUGUGUUGUAGGUUAGAAAAACCUUGUCCAAAGGUGCCAGCCACUGUUCCAUUUAAACAAUUAGAGGUCAGAAGAUCCCAGGUGAAAAGGAUACGAAGACUUGGACAUGGUAAUUUUGGUGAAGUUUCGGCAGGAAAAUUUCAAAAUUCAGUAGAUGUAGCAAUUAAAUCUUUAAAACCAGGAACGAUGCCUCCUGGAGCGUUCCUAGCAGAAGCCAAGAGAAUGCAUAAAUUUAGGCAUCCUAAGCUGGUUCAAUUAAUGGGUGUAUGUACAGAUUGCGAGCCAAUGUUAAUAAUUACAGAAUUAAUGGUUAACGGAUCUUUAUUAGACUAUCUAAGAGAAAAGAAGAGCUUAGAAAGAUUUCCCUUCGCCGAUCUUAUUGAUAUAUGUGCACAGGUUGCUGAAGGAAUGAAAUAUCUGGAGAAGGAAAAUUUCAUUCAUCGAGAUUUACGAGCGGCCAACAUUCUAGUAGGAGAAAAUAAUGAAGUUAAAGUUGCUGAUUUCGGUUUAGCUAAAGAAAUUAAGGUGGACGAUACAAACGACGGAGCAGACGAACCUAUGAAAUUCCCUAUUAAAUGGACAGCGCCAGAAGCAGCUUUUAAGAGAGAAUUUUCUACGAAAUCUGAUGUUUGGUCUUUCGGAGUUUUACUAUACGAAAUAAUGACAUUUGGAAGAGUCCCUUAUCCAUCGCUAUCGGGACAAGAGGUUUUGAAUAAAGUUUCAGGAAGUUAUAGAAUGGAGAAGCCUUCAAGUUCUUCGGGACUUUUUCAUUGUCCUGAUUCGGUAUACGGUCUAAUGUUAAAUUGCUGGGAUCGUGACCCAGAAAGAAGGCCAACAUUUGAACAUAUAUAUCAUUUCUUUGAUGAGUUUGAAAUUGCCAACGAACCAAGCUAUAAAGAUGUAUUUUCAUAAAAAAUUAUAAUCUUUUUUAUUAUUCUUUUCUUUCUCUAUGCAUAUUUUUCUUUUUUUUUUUUUAUUUGUACGACUUUUCGUGCUUUGACUACUAUUUUUUUUAUCACAUAAUUGCUUUUCUUUAAGCUGUGAUGUUCUAGGAAAAGAGAGAGAGCGAGAGAGAGAGAGAGAGAAACAAACAAACAUAUUUUAUCCUAAAACUUACUUUCCCAUCCCAGAGUAAAAACAAAAUUGUGAUAGAGUGCUUCGUUACGAAUCUAUUAACUUUUUAUUAUGUAAUAGAAGAAAAAAAAUUAUUGUUAACACGUCUAAAAAAACAGUUCGUUACCUAACGAAAACCACAAAAAAAAAAGAAAACAUUCGCCUGAUUUAUGAUCGUUAAAGACUUUGAAAAUUAAAAAAUUAUAGUUAUAUUUUUUUUGGUCUACCUACUAACACGGAAUAUUAAUAUUUAUAUAUAAUUAUUAUAUUAUAUAUAAUUACUAAAAUACUUUUUUCAAAAGAUCUUAGCAAGCAGAGAAAAGAUACUACUAAAAAAUAUUCGUAUAUUCUAUAAAAUCUUACUUCUCGUUACAUUUUGAUAAAUACGUAACGUAUUAUUCUUUGUUAACUUUCCGUUAAAAAGAAACAAAUAAAAAUGGAAAAUAAAGAUAUUUGUUUUUUUUUAUUCUGCAUUCUGC